AUGUCUCAGAAGCAAAAAUAUCAAGGGAAGUCCUGGACAAUUGUGAGCCCCAUCUACUUCAGCUAUAAAGUAGUUGAGUUCCAAAACCUCCUGGAUCCCAGCAAUGACAUGUUACUUACUGGUCACUUAAGAGAUCCUGAGCAACUGGAUGUCUUCCGCAGCAGCACAAAGCCCAUCAAACGCUUUGUUGUCAUUGACGGGACUGUUAACCAACUUGGCCUUCAAGUAAACAGUUACUUUGAGCCCAGGAAUGUUGAUUAUAAAAUCCUUGUAGCCACUUUCCUAGAUAGAUCGUUUAUCCAAACAGUGCCACGUCGUCAAAUCUCCAGUGGUCUGGCAGAGAUGUUAAAGAUGGCACUCAUGAAACACAAAGGUUUGUCUGAGCUGUUAGAGAGCCAUGGGAGAUUCCUGCUGGAUACCAAGUCACAGUCCUGUAACGGUUUGUUAGACCAUGGGUGUGUUGCUUUAAUGAUUUCAAGGAUUGCAAUAGAAACUAUGCUGGAAGAGCUAGCCCCAAAUCUGUGGGAAGAUGACCUGGACACACUGGUUGAUUUUUGCCAUUUGAUAAGCCUAGAAUUAGAGAUGAAAGUUCUGCCAACAUUAAUGCAUGGAGAAUCGGUCAAUAUUGACAUGGCAUACAUGACAUACGUGUUCAGUGAGAGAGGCUUCUUGAGUACCGCAGAGAGAAAUCGCAUUAUUCAGUGCAUGAGGAACCUGGAGCUUCCAGAUUGA